AUGUCGCGAUUAACAAAUUAUGACUCUCAUAAUGACGGACCAGGAUUUGUAGGAAUAAGAUUUUGUCAAGAGUGUAAUAAUAUGUUGUAUCCUAAAGAGGAUAAGGAGAAUAAAGUACUUUUAUAUGCGUGCAGGAAUUGUGACUUUAAACAAAAUGCAGACAGCAAUUGUAUUUAUGUAAACAAAAUUAUGCACGAAAUUGACGAGUUAACUCACAUUGUUCAGGACGUUAUUUCUGACCCGACGUUACCAAGAACAGAGGAUCAUCCUUGUCCAAAGUGUAACCACCGAGAGGCUGUUUUCUUCCAAGCCCAAACACGGCGUGCUGAAGAAGAAAUGAGACUUUAUUAUGUAUGCACAAAUCAGCACUGUACUCACCGAUGGACUGAGUGA